AAAAGCCCCUUGUUUAAUGACACACGUCCCUAUCCUCAUUUUUUUCCUAAUCAAGAUUAGCUCUGAACUAGGGUUUUAUAUACUCCCCAACCUCGGUUCGAGACCACAUCUCAUUUAACUGAACAAAAUUUCAACUGUGUCAGAGAUAAUCUAUCCAUAUCUAUUUUUAGAACACUUCAAGUGUCUUUCCUCAUUUUCCGAUGGGAGACGCAGAGAAUUCUCUUCAACCCUCAAAGAAAAGGGGGGCUUUAAAGGAAAUAUCACGAGACAAUCCUGGUCUCGAUGAUGAUGAAAAUGAAGCUGAGCAAGAGACCGGAACUUUCAAGAAAGCAACUGAGGAGGUGAUGGCAAGUAGAAGAAUUGUCAAAGUUCGGCGCAGUCAAACUACUUCAUCUACAACUACACCUUCAGCUAAUCCUUUUGCAGCAAUUCGCUUGGUUCCUCCCACGGAGUCCAGUGUCUCCUCUGCUGUAACUACAAGUGAAGUUGAGAGUAAACCAGAAGGAAAAAAUGAUGUUGGUGAGGCAACUGAAAAGGAGAAAAGUGAUGUGAAUAAGGAAGAGAAGACGGAACCUGAGGGAACUGAAAAGGAGAAAAGUGAUGUGAAUAAGGAAGAGAAGGCGGAACCUGAUCAAAUUUGUAAGCCAUCAGAAGAUAAUGUUGAUGAAUCUAAUGUUGUGAAGGAGAAAGUUGAAAUAGCUAGUGAGCCUGACAAACCUGAAUCUGCUGAAGAGAAGGUGGCAGAUGAUGAGAAAAUCGAGGUUGAAACCAAGGAAGGAACAGUAGUUGAGAAGAGUGAAAAUGACAGUAAGAAGGAUGUGGAAGUUGAGAAAACAGAAAAUGAAGCGGGUGGUGAGAAAAGUGAGAAGGGUACAGAAACUGCUUCUUUUAGCUCAUUCCAACAACUUUCAAGUAGCCAAAAUGCUUUUACAGGAUUUGCAGGGACUGGGUUCUCGGGCACUACGUUUUCAUUUGGAGCUAUUUCAAAAGAGGGAUCUCCUCUAGGUUUUGGUUCUGGAUCCGGUGCUGGUUCUGGUUCUCUCUUUGGAGCAAAAAGUGACCAGUCACCUUUUGGACUUAAUCUUCCCACUAAUGGAAAUACUUCUCUGUUUGGAAACUCGGGGUCAUCCAUUGUGAACAAGGGUGAGGGUACUGGAUUUCCUUCCAAAGAAGAGGUCACUGUCGAAACAGGGGAGGAGAAUGAAAAGGCCGUGUUUACAGCUGAUUCCGUGCUGUUUGAAUAUCUCGAUGGAGGGUGGAAAGAGCGGGGGAAGGGAGAACUAAAGGUCAAUGUUUCUACAACAGGGGCUGGAAAAGGUAGACUUGUUAUGAGGACCAAAGGAAAUUACAGGUUGAUCUUGAAUGCCAGCCUUUUUCCAGAAAUAAAGCUCGCUAAUAUGGAGAAAAGAGGGGUUACUUUUGCUUGCUUGAAUAGUGCUGGUGACGGAAAAGGAGGACUUUCUACAAUUGCUCUGAAGUUCAAGGAUGCAUCCAUUGUUGAAGAGUUUCAAGCUGCUGUAACGGAACAUAAAGGUACUACUACUGGUUCUUUGAAGACACCUGAAAACUCUCCCAAAGCUUCAGAUGAUUGACAUUGCAGUAUAGAUGCAUAGAGACUAUUUACGUCAUGGGAAUGUGCCCUACUAUUUUCUUUUAGUUGCAGAGAAGAAUAGGAAGGAAGAGAGAAUAUUUUGUCGAGAGGUAAGAGACUUGUAAUCCCACAUACUUAGUGGACUAUAUCGAUUAUGGUGCACUGCUCAUCUGUUGUAGACCUUUACUCAGCAAUUUUAAUCCAUUUCCUCUCUUUUUUCGGA